AUGGCUGAGCCAACAAGACAGUCAUAUACGGACGCUGACGAGAAGCGAGAUCUCGCCAGCAGCGACGUCAUGGAGGACGCACCUCCUACUGUGGUCGCAGCGGUAGCUGCCCACGAGAUCGCGCACGAAGUUGAGGGUGGGAACUACUCCCCAUGGACAAAAUCCAUGUUCCACCUUUACGGUGUGCUGUUUGUCGCGUACUGCUGCGGUGCUCUCAACGGAUAUGAUGGAUCUCUCAUGGGAUCGCUCAAUGGAAUGACCUCCUACCAACGAACUUUUGAUAUGAAAACCUCGGGCUCUUCGACCGGUAUCGUGUUUAUGAUGUACAAUGUCGGAUCAGUCUGCGCUAUUCUCUUUACGGGACCUGUCAAUGAUCUUCUAGGAAGACGCUGGGGUAUGUUUGUUGGCGCUCUGCUAAUCAUUGUCGGCACAUGCAUCCAGGCUACGGCAAAUCACGUUCCGCAAUUCCUGGGAGGACGUUUUGUAUUGGGCUUUGGUGUGUCGUUUUGCUGUGUCUCUGCACCGACCUACGUGAGCGAGCUAGCGCAUCCCAAGUGGAGAGGUACCCUUACCGGACUCUACAACUGCAUGUGGCCUGUCGGAGCUUUCAUUGCAGGCUGGGUUGCCUACGGUGCCUCUUUCAUCUCCGGUGACGGCGGCUGGCGACUUCCCGUGUGGUGUCAACUCUUCACCUCCGGAAUCGUUGUUAUAUUCGUCUUCUUCCUGCCAGAGAGUCCCCGAUGGCUCGUCGCCAACGACCGACACGAGGAGGCAGCAAAGAUCUUGACACAGCUGCAUGGCGAAAAGGACCCCAACCACCCCAUCGUGCAGUUGCAAAUGAAGGAAAUGAUGGCUCAGAUCUCAAACGAGGCUAGUGACAAGAAAUGGUGGGACUACCACGAGUUAUGGAACACCCACUCUGCCCGGAGAAGACUUGUUUGCGUUCUGGGUAUGGCCAUCAUGGGACAGGCAUCCGGCAACUCCCUGUCAAGCUACUACCUAGUCACCAUGAUGAAUACAGCCGGAAUCACAGACGAGAAGAAGGUCCUGGCCCUCAACGCAGUCAACAGCAUCCUCGGUCUCCUCGGAAGCGUCAUCGGCGCUCGUCUCACCGAUCGCGUCGGUCGACGACCCUUGCUCAUCUAUAGCAUUCUAUUCUGCUCCGUCACAUUCGCCAUAAUCACCGGGACUUCCAAGAUGGCCGUCGACGACCCGAGCAACACCAACGCCGCCAACACCACCAUCGCCUUUGUGUUCCUGUUCGGUGUCGUCUUCUCUCUGGGUUGGACUGCCCAGCAGAGCAUGUACAUCGCCGAGACUCUCACCACAUCCACCCGGGCCAAGGGAACCGCCGUCGGCAACUUUGCUUCCUCGGCAAUCUCGCUGGUGCUCGCUUACAGCUCUGGGCCUGCGUUUGAGAAGAUUGGCUACUACUUCUACCUAGUAUUUGUCUUCUGGGACAUCUUGGAGGCCAUCUUCAUCUUCUUCUUCUUCCCCGAGACCAAUCAUCGCACGCUGGAAGAGCUAGAGGAGGUGUUCUCAGCGCCGAACCCAGUCAAGAAGAGUUUGGAGCCUCGUACCGCAUCGACUGUGUUGGAAACCAUGAAAGUCCCCAACGAGAAGUUUGUAGAGGCUUGA